AUGAGAUUCUCUCUCGCCACCACUACUGCAGGGGUUUUGCUAGUCCGGGGGGUAAUAGGACAGUUGGUGAGUGGGGUUCCAGUGGGUCCUAAAACCCCACUCAGCCAGAAGUCUGGUACUAUCUGUGACGUCCUCAAAUACGGGGGUGUGGCGGACGGGAAGACGGAUAUUGGCGUUGCCAUUACCAACGCAUUCACCAAGUGCGUCCUUCAAGCUAAUGGGGGAGCGACCCUGUUGGUGCCUGAGGGGGAGUAUCUAAGUACGUCAUUUCCCGCCUUUUUUUGUGGACCCUGGGCCCACAGUGGGCUGAUGGUGGUGGUGGUGACAGUUACUACUGGAGUGGUGCUCAAUGCGGGAACCAAGUGGGCCUUCCAAUUGGAUGGACUAAUCACCUUGUCUGAGGACGGACGCUUCAAUGGUAACGCAAUUGUCGUGAAGAGAGCCACGGAUUUUGAAAUGUUCUCUAGCAAUGGCAAAGGUGCUAUCCAAGGACAGGGUUACAAGAAGAGGAUUUCCGGGUCCACCCAGGAUGCAAGGCUUUUGAGGGUAUGCUCUACCAACCCCCGAACGAGUGCAAGUAGGAAAUAAAAGUAGCUAAGGAGCGAUAGUUCAUGACCUGCACAGACUACUCGGUGCACGACCUAAUCCUGGUAUCUCCCACCCCCCACCUCUUCCCCGGUUAGGCACUAGUACUAACGAAGGACACACAGAUCGACUCACCAACCUUCCACCUAUUCCAUAACGACGCGACAAACCUCGAAAACUAUCACAUCACAGUCCGCGGCGGGAACAAAGGUGGCCUAGACGGAAUCAACCUAACAUGUUUGUCCAACUGUUACAUUCACCACAUAGAGGUUACCAAUCGUGACGAAUGCAUCUCCGUCAAGACCCCCUCCAGAAACGUGCUCAUCGAGGAGAUUUACUGCAAUCAGAGUGGGGGUAUGAGCAUCGGGUCUUUGGACGCAGGAGGCAGUAUGCUAUUCCCUCCCCCCCCCCUAGUAUUCGCAUAGCUGAAAAGGGGGUCAAACAGCUGGAAGUGAUAUCGAAUACAUCCACAUGAGGAACAUAUACGUGCACCAGUGCACGCAGAUGCUAAUGAUAAAGACCUGGCCUGGAGGCUCCGGGGCGGUCGGGCACGUCCGCAACUCCCUGUUCGAGAACUUCCACGCCUACGAUACCACUUACGCCCUCGACAUAGACCAGUACUGGUACGGGCGUAAAGACCCCAACACGGGCGCUAUCGCCAUCUCAGACCUUCACUUCAGGAACUGGACGGGAACGGUGAACAACGGCGCCUCCCGCGGCCCCAUAGUUAUCCGCGGGAGCGAUAUCGUCCCCUUGACCGACAUAAAGUUGGAAGACUUCUCCAUGUGGACAGAGAAUGGAAACGUUGCCGUCCUGCAGUGCAAUAACGUCUACGGAACGGGGUAUUGUGCCCAGGAACUGAAGGGCGAUGCAGAACCCAGCCCCGUGGCCGCCACUUCCACGCUCAGAGAACCUAUGGAGGGUUUCGUUAAGCCUACCAGACCUUCUUGGGGGGUUGGCCCGACCGGGUAUGGACUCACGGUUCCGAUACCGGUGUAUACGCCUGCACCCAUGUGGGGCACUAAUCCGGGGCCCUCGCGAGCGAGGAAGCGGGAUCCGCAGGCGGAGGGCCGGGGUGGUGGGCAGAGGGGUCCCACUGAAACCCCUCCAUCACGGAAGCCGAGAGGCUACGGAGGGCACAGGAGGAGCUAG